CUCUGCAUUCCCGGGGCCCAAUUACUGUAGCCAGUCAUCAAGGACGUGCACGGCGCGUGCGUUGCGUGCCUGGAUGUAUCGCUGAUCACCGCGCGAUCACCAUGCAACUCAGCCCAGACUUCGCUCCCCCCUCCACCACCCCGACUCCACUUUCCGCCACUCUGACCGAUGCCACGGACAACACGCCUACUACCAACACCACUACCGCCUCCUCGCCGGGCCAGCAUCGGGAUGGUGGGGAGCUGUCGCGGUCGAAGCCGAAGCAGAAACGCAACAAGCCUACCCUUUCUUGCCUGGAAUGCGUCGAGAGGAAGACAAAAUGCAAUCGAGAGCGGCCAUGCCUUGCUUGUAUCAAACGGCAGUCCGACUGCGAAUAUACGGCCGUGGCGAACCUGAUCGCAUCCGCCGAUCGUAAGCAUUCCAGUGCCGCGAGUCACCCACGCUACAUCACCAAACCUCCAACCAAGAUCCGAAAGACGAGCGCCACUUCUCCCAAUCCGACCGCUUCCCCCUUCGUCAACGAAAAUGGCUGGACGCGCAUCGAGCAGCGUGCCCAUCGCAGCUCCGAUGCCUCUUCCGGCUCCUCACCCUACCUGCUCUCCCACGUUCCCUUCGCCAAAUCCUCCCCGUCAAAUGUCUUCGGGGUAGGCUCCCAGCACCCCUUCUCGAAUUACUGGACUUGCGCCGGUGGCCUUCCAGAAGUCGUCAGUGUCAUGCCCUCCAAGGAGCAGGCCGACAUUCUCAUUGCCAAGUUCUUCGAAAUCGUCGACGGCGUGUAUCCUUUCCUCCAUCGACGCUCCUUCUACGUCGACUACGAACGCUUCUGGGCCAUGCCGCCGGAGCGGAGGGGAGACACCGACGCGGCCUUCACUGCAUUGCUCUUCGCCAUGUAUGCCCUUGGCACACAAUUCGUUCAGUUCCCUUCGUACGAGGAGCGAUCGCAGACCGCAGAGUUUUACUGUUCGGCGGCGAACCAGGCGCUGCGCGUCUAUUCUUACCUGAACCGCACUUCUAUGCGCGCGAUCCAGGCCAUGCUGUUCAUGUCGUAUUUCCUGAUGAACGACAAUCAUGCAUCGGACGCCUACGCAUGGGCAGGGAUUCAUCUCCGACAGACAUAUGCCCUGCGCUUGCAUCGCGAUCCUGACGUCGUUGUACCCGAUGCAUCACCGCUGGAGAAGCAACAGCGGAGGAAACUGUGGCAAGCGGUCUUCUUCCACGACACCUUCCUCACUGUACUACUGAAGCUGCCUCCAACAGCUACGCAUAGUGAUGUACCUGUCGAGUCACUACGGGAAGAGAACGAGACUGGGCAAGAUGGCCUAGAGCUGUGCUGCGUCGGCGAACAAGCACGCGUGGAGAACUUGAUGAGCAUCAACGUCAUCGCCCCUCAGCCUUACGAGCCCGUCGCUCCCCCGGCACCGCAUCACAUCAUCGACGAGGCUACGGUGAAAGACGACAUUGUCUAUCAACGCAGCAUGUGGCACCUCGGAAACCUCGUACAAGAGAACCUCUCCUCCCCAUCCUCCCUUUCGCUUCCCCUGGCCAACAGCCCCCGCCACAAAGACUCCCUCAUCGCCGCCUUCCGCCGCCUCUACAAAUCCUUCCCUCCCCAUCUCACCCAACUCGACCCCUCCGUCCUCCAAUUCCAAGUGCGCACCAACCCUCGCACCGUCCGACAAAAUCUCUUCCUCACGUCAAACUACUACCACUGCCUGAUGCUCCUCUACGCCGCGGAAAACGACGCAGCCGGCGUGCAAUGCUACCUCAAACCCGCGCUCGAAGCCGCGCACGAGGCCAUCUGGUCCUUCUUCAAGCUCUGGACCUUCUUCGAAGCGGAAGCAGGCGUAUGGUGGGUCUUUCAGCAUCGCGCGUUCGAAGAGAGUCUCUUGAUGGCGCACCUGCUGUCUUCCAAACCCGGUGCUGUGAAUGGUGAUGGUGAAAAUGGCGAGGGAGGCGAUGCGGCGGCGACGACCGGCGGUCUGGAAGUCAUUUUCGGCAAGGCGAAGCAGGAUGUGGCCAAGAUGUUGGAGCUGAUGGAUCGGUACUCGGGGAGUUUGGAGGUGCAUAAGACGCGCAAGGAGGUGUUGCAGGAGGCGUUUGAUCGGAUUGCUGUGUGAGGGAAAUUAGGGGGUUCUGGUACUUGGACGACUUGUUAUGUGAAUGGGAAUUGUGGAAAUUGUAUAGCUUGUAUACUGGGAGAAAUGAGUGAGAAAAGUGUUACGUCG